AUGUCAUUGUUGUCGGGGAAGAAGAGAAACAGAGAGAUAACACUGUUGAUGUCAAGCCCUUCACUCCCAAACUCAAAAAUUGUCCAACUUGUUACUUGUGAUGAUAAAAAAAUCGAUUUUGGUUCCAUAGCUAAAGCUUUUGGGUUAGACCCAUCAACGGUGAAGUUGAAUGGUUACUUUAUAAGUAGAGGGGUUGAUUUUUUCUCUUCCUCUCUCACUUGGAACUGUCUUCUCCCUUUCUUCUCUUCUAAGGGACUGUCUACUGGGAAACAUAAUCAUGAUGCUCUUCUUGUCACUGGAAAAGUGGUGAACAGAGGGGGACAUGAGUCACAAGAUUUUCAAAAUGGGAUUAUCAAGGUGAUAGAAACUGAGCAUGAUAGUAGCAAUAGAGGAAAUCAACUUGAAGAUAUCAACUUGCAGAAGAAUAAAAAGUUCAGAGAGAGCAAACCAGGUGAGGUUUUGAAUGUCCUAAACUGCAAGAGAAAGCAACUAUCUGAAGAUGUCAACCAGUUCAAGAAGCUAAAAAUAAACGAGGACAAGUUUGAUAUUCAAGAUAAAGUCGAUAAAAUUCCUGGAAGCAUUUCUCGAAGCCAGUUUACAUGCAGUUAUACAAAUAAGAAUCUCAAGCGGAUAAGAGACGAUGAGAUUGUAGUAGCUAAUUACAAAAGGAUUAGAUAA